GAAAGAAAUAUUAGUCAAAGUUAAACAAUUAAUAAUAAGCUGCUGCCCUGCAUCCAUGCUUGUGAUCAAGCUCUUCCAGGAAAUUUCACAGCAGCCCGCAGUCGUUGAGGAAAACUUCAAUAUAUAUAUAUAUAUAUAUAUAUAAUGUAUAUAUUAUUUGUGUGUGUGUGCCUGGAGAAUUGCAAAGAUAGAUUCUUAUAGUCCAUUAAGAUUAUCUGCAAAUAUGGACAGAAAGCUCCACGAGGCGGUUCUGAAAGGCGAUGUCCAAGCCUUCCGCAGCAUCCUUCAGGAAAAUGACGAGAGCUGCAUCGACCAAACCGUGCCGGGAUCAGGGAACAGCGUUUUGCACUUGGUGGCGCGGUUUGGGCACGCGGAGUUGGCGUCGGAGAUAGUGAGGGUGCGGCCGGAGAUGGCGGCGGCGGAGAACGCGAGGAUGGAAACGCCGCUGCACGAGGCAUGCAGGGAAGGGAGGGUGGAGAUUGCGCAACUGCUGUUGGAGAUUAAUCCCUGGCUGGUGGACAGGGUGAGCUGCGACGACAAGAGCUCGCUCUUUCUGGCGUGUGAGGCGGGCAGGCUUGCUGUGGUGGUGCAUCUCUUGAUGAAUUAUCCGUGGCUGCUGAUGCUGGAGUCUGAUAGGUUGACCACCUCGCUUCAUGCCGCUGCCUCGGUGGGGCAUACAGACAUAGUGAAAGAAUUACUCCUAGUCCGCCCGGACUUUGCAACUAAAAAGGAUUGUCAUGGAUGCUCGCCCUUGCACGUUGCCUGCAGCAAAGGCCACCUAGAGAUAACGAGGGAGCUUCUGGGAAUGGACCCAGACCUGUCCUCUCUGCAGGACAACGGCGGGCGAACGCCGCUCCACUGCGCCGCCAUCAAAGGCCGGGUUAACAUCAUCGACGAGAUACUCUCAAUGAGCCUUGAGUCUGCAGAGAUGACGACGAAACGCGGUGAGACGGUUCUGCACCUGGGAGUGAAGAACAACCAGUAUGAAGCUGUUAAGUACUUGAUGGAAACACUUGACAUUACAAACCUCAUUAACUUGCCUGAUAACGAUGGUAACACCAUCCUGCAUCUUGCAACUGCUGGGAAACUCAACACCAUGGUCUUCUACAUACUUAAGCUUGGUAUCAAUGUAAACGCUCUAAACCGCAAGGGAUACACAGCUUUGGACGUAGUAGAAUCCGAUGCAAGUAACUCUGGCGCACUUGCCAUCGUACCUGCAUUACAAGAAGCAGGUGCGAAGCGAUGCGACCAACUGCCUCCAGGCUCACCAGAAUUUCGUCGUCUCGCCGAACUCAGCCCAGAAGGAUCGCAUGCACACAUGAUGGACACGCUACCCUCUUCGUGGCCAAAAAAGAAGGCCACAGAAUCUCCAACACACCAUCAUCGCCGCCUGCAUCGUCGCCGGCGAGAAAAGCAACUUGAGCUUCAAAGCGAGGGCCUACGAAAUGCUCGGAACACGAUCACCAUCGUGGCGGUCUUGAUAGCAACCGUUACAUUUGCGGCAGGCAUAAAUCCUCCAGGAGGUUUUGAUCAAAACACUGGGAAGGCCAAGAUGGGUAGGAAAGCUAGUUUCAAGGUCUUCACGAUCACCAACAUCGUGGCAUUGUUUUUGUCCCUUGGCAUUGUCAUUUUUCUAGUUAGUAUCAUCCCUUUCCGACGAAAAUCGAUGACGAAGCUUCUGGGGGUGACGCACAAGGUGAUGUGGGUAUCCACAUCGUUCAUGGCGUCGGCCUACAUUGCUGCCACGUGGCUGAUCAUGCCACAUGGACAUGGGAUGAAGUGGGUGUUGGUAGCAUUGGUGGCUAUAGGGGGAGGGUGCACCUUGGCCAUUUUUGUGGGUUUGGGAAUGUUAUUGGCAAAGUACUAUAUGAGAAAAUGGGAAUGGAGGAAAGACAAAGAAAGGAAGAAAGAUAGAAGCCCGAACAGCAGUAUUAGUCGCAUCGAAGAUAUGCGGCCGAUCAAGAAGGGCAACCGCGAAUCGAGUAGUAACUCAGAUGUGGAUAGCUCUGAUCAAGGGGGAUACCAUCUGUAUUAGAAUACAGAUGAACGUGCAGAAGACAGUAUGAAGCUAUCUAAUACCCUGCACUGUGAAGGUUCUUAUCAGCAUGCACUAUAUGUAGAAUGAUUCCCUUGUAGCAUACAAGUAGAAAUAUUUUUUAUGGUUUUGAAUGUAUAGACAUUUUGUACUCAAGUUCCAUUGUAGUGUAUAAUUUUGGGUUAAAUUUUUUUGAAGAA